CUCCCUCACUCGUCCUGAUAUUAAUGACACAGCUAUCUGAGGCAGCAGCAGUUCCCCUGCGCUCUCUCUCCCUCCUGCAGGCUGCGCUUAUACACACACACAAUCUUAAACCAAUAGGAUUCUGGACACACAUUGACAUACUCCAUACCUACAGAUAAUCUGCACACACACACAUGCAAACACACACUAUUUUAGACAUACUUGCACUCGCUGGAGUUUAUUUCAGAGGCAGUUGCAGACACUUUCACUUUACACUUAUUUCUCCUCUCCAAAUCUGAAGCAGAAAAAAAUGAGGACAACUGUGCUUUGCGUUUGUGCCAGCCUCCUGCUCACGGCAACCAUGGUGCCGCUCAUCAUCCAGGCAGCGGAUAUCCCCGUCAACUCACACCAGAGAUGGGACGCGAAAGGACCUUUCACUUUGGGAUCUGACUCCGGCACCCCCACCUCCUGCCCCAUGAAGCUGAGACCCUCUGGCCAGUGCGGGAGCUCCGGAGCCGGGGGGGAGGAGGGCGAGGACUGCCCAUACCAGCUCACCUUGCCCCCUCUCACCAUCCAGCUGCCCAAGCAGUUCCGGCUGCUGGAGAAGACAAUGAAGGAGCUGCAGAGCUUGAAGGAGGUGGUAAACAAGCUGAAGAGCGGGUGCCAGGAGUGCCGCGGAGCACGGGGCAGCGGGGCGUCAGGACACCAGCAGGCUGAUCAAGGGAAGAAGGAUGCUGGGGAAGAUGGGAGACUGGACCUGACGGGACAGGAGGUGAUAGGUGGGACGAGUCAAGAGGAGAGGGGAGAUGGGAUGGUGCCUGGAGCUACUGUGGAUGGUGCCGGACUGGGACAAGGUUCUGUUUUUUGGAAAAUUACACCAAGCCCGAGCUCAAUGCAGGAGAUGCAGGUGAAGCUGAACAGGAUGUCGGCCAGCCUGCGCAACGCCCGGGGCCAGAUCUCGGCCCUGCAGGGUCGCAUGGAGGGAAUCAACCUGCUCAACAUGGACAACGUGAAGGCGAUGGUGGACGGACGGGUGCAGAACAUCACUGGGGUGAUCGACAAGCUCAGCUCCACCUGCACCACCGGGUGUCCUUCGCAUAAUACCCCUGCGUCAGUCAUCUUAGCCCCUCGGGACUGUUCAGACUACAACAUUCUGGAGACGAGGAAGAACGCCGUAUAUCGUGUAACCCCUGAUCCCCGCAACGGGACCUUUGACGUGUACUGCGACAUGGAGUCCUUCGGAGGUGGAUGGACUGUGAUACAGCAGCGGCUCAAUGGGUCUGUGAGCUUCAACCGCACCUGGGCUGAGUACAAGAAGGGCUUCGGCAACCUCAGAGGUGAGUUCUGGUUGGGCAAUGACUACAUGCACCUGCUGACGAAAGCCAAAGAUAUGAUUCUGCGUAUCGAGCUGGAAGACUUUGAGGGUGUGCGGGAAUACGCAAAGUUUGACCAGUUCUACGUGGCCAAUGAAUUCCUCCGCUACCGGCUGUCUAUCAGUGGAUACAGUGGGACUGCCGGAAACGCCAUCAGCUUAAACAAGCACUUCAACCACGACCAGAAGUUCUUCUCCACGCCCGACCGUGACAACGACAUGUACCCCUCCGGGAACUGCGGCGCCUACUACAGCUCCGGCUGGUGGUUCGACGCCUGCAUGUCCGCCAACCUCAACGGGAAGUACUACCACAAGCGGUACAAGGGGGUGAGGAACGGCAUCUUCUGGGGGACGUGGCACAACAUGUCGACGGAGUACUACCCCACCAACUACAGGCAGGCCUUCAAAACGGUCAAGAUGAUGAUACGGCCAAAGAACUACGCUCCUUAAGAGGACCAGGUUCUGUUGUGCCGCCUCCCCCAGCUAUAAAAACCCCGGCCUGGACACAGCGCAGCACAGAGUCACAGUAAAAACUAAUGAGCUAUCAUUUUUUCUCCACUCCAAAUGGUUUCAUAAUUAACAGCAGCCACUCGGGUGAGGUAUACGAGGGCUGAUGAUACAGUUUUGAGUGGCUCCGAAAUUAUUCAUGCUGGGGUCAGAGCCAAACUGUUAAAAAUAAAAGAAAAACACCAGCAGUGAAGAAGUUAAUAGCUUCUGUGACGUUUAUUUAAUUACACUGGGACACUUCUCUAAUGUAUCGCCAUUCAAUUCAGUAUGAAGCAUCCCAGUAUAAAAAAUGUAGCCUGAGAUAAAUUUCUAUUGGGUCAUUCCCCAGUACGUUCUGCAUGAUGGAUGUUUAAGUAAAUUUUGCUCGACAACAGCCACAGAGCAGGACACUGCUGCAAGAGGGGGGGGGGAAACUGUAAUUGUUUUUCCACCCAUUGUUCUGGGUGCAUUGAACUACUGCACAUCUCUUGAUGCCAUUCACCAGUUUUCAUGUAUUAAAAAAAGAAAAGACAAAAAAAAAAAAUCCUCCCUGAAUCACCACUUGUACAAUACUGCUACCUAGUGUUAGAAAAGUGUAAAGCAUCAUUUAAUCAAUUUUAUACACACUGUGAAUGGGGGGGGGGGGGGGGGGGGGGGGGGGAGGAUGUGUGGGGGGUAAGAAGAGAUGUUCAAGGAUGUGUACAGUAUUUAUUUUAUUUUGUGAGGUUAUGAUAGCUUUUAUAAUAUAGGUCAUAAAGUCUAAUGAAUGUUGACAUUGGAGCAGUGAUGAAGACUGUGCAUUGUUGUGACCAUUCAUCAUCGUAAAUAGCGUGUGUACUUGGAGCUUUGUUUUUGUACAAAUUUGAUCUUUUCUAUCAUUCAUAUUCAACCGUCAUGCCAAAAAAAAAAAAUAUGCACUUUUUAUAUCCAAAAAAUGAAUAAAGUCACACCUACAAGGUUGUGUACAUUUGCAGUUUUAAAUAACAAUGACGCCUAUUGCCUACUUUCAAAGCAUCUCCUGUAUUGAAAUCACCUUUCAAUAAACGUAUGCAAACGUGUGCACAAGUUUAGCAUGAGGAGAAACUCUGGAGUGUCUGGCUUCUUGUAUCCAGGACGCAUAAAGGCUGCCCAUGGAGGGACGAGGUGCUGCAUGCACAUCACAAAUGGGUCAACGAGGUCAAAAGAAUGAGUUCAUACUAACUGCACAUAAGAUACAAAUGUGGGCCGGUUCAGUUAAUGUCUGUACACUGUAUGUGAUGAUCAAUUUAAUAAAAAAAGUGCUCAAUUCCUGCAAUUACAUCAAA